CUUUGAACAAGCUGUGUAACGUGAAGAAUAGAAAAAUAAAAAUGAAGACUUGGCUGUAUGGGCUUUUGACCCCUUUGCCUGUCCAGAUGGACGAACAGAACCAAAAAAAACUCAAUGGAAUGAGGAAUCCCGCCGCAACGCAAAAUCGAAAAUAGUCGUAGGUAACUUAAGUUUUGUUUUCUUUAGUUUAGAUAAUAACUGAAGAGAAAAAUAUCUAAAUUACAUUUUUAAUGAAAAAAUAAUGACGGAAGUUUGUAGAUAUAAAAGAUUUGAAAAAUCAUUAGGAUUGCUAACGACACGAUUUGUACUGUUAUUACAAAAAUCAAGGGAUGGAGUGUUGGACUUGCGAAUGGCCUCUGAAAAAUUAGCUGUAAGACAAAAAAGAAGAAUUUACGAUAUUACAAAUGUAUUAGAAGGAAUCGGUUUAAUUGAAAAGAAGAGUAAAAACAGCAUACAAUGGAAAGGGUCAUGUCCAGAUGGUACAGCUGGUGAUAUUACAGCCAAGGUCGCAGUUCUUAGAAACGAAGUGGAUAUCUUGGAGAAACAUGAAAACUUACUGGACAGGCACUUACAUUAUAUAAAACAAAGUAUAAGAAAUGUUAUAAACGAAGACAAAAAUAAGGCACUUUUGUACACAACAGCCAAUGAUAUAAGAAAUUGUUUUAAAGAUGAAAGUGUUCUGGUUGUAGAGUGUCCGUUAGGAACAGAUCUUGAAUUUGGACAAAUUGCUGAAGAGAACCAUUCUUGCUUCUUGCAUUUGCAAUCACCUGAACCUUCUGGAGUGAUCUUUAUGUGUGAUAUGGAAGGAGAAAAGGAAUUGGAUGAUCUCAUGGACAUAGAAGUACAAGACUACAUGGAGAGUGAUGAUGGCUGCAUAACAUCAAAUUCAAAUUAUAUAUUACGGUUAAGCCCACCAGUCACUAAGCAAGACUUUUAUUUUUCCCUGUACGAUUCAGAAGGAUUGUGCGACUUGUUUGACAUACCUUGUUAAUACAUUAAUUUUCAAGUGUUAUAUUAUUGUUUACAUCAAUUUUGUGAUCAUGUUGACUUUGUAAAAGCUGUAUAAAUGUAUCUUGUAUAUAAAAAAGCGUUUUGGAAAUGAAUAUAGGAAGUUUAUUAAAUAACAUUAUUUUCUGGUA